AUGCCUACCGAACCCUCCAAGCUGUCCCGCGCCGGCAUCGCGACCUCAGCGACCGGCGAGCGACACAUUCCCUCGUCCGUACGACCAGAUGGUUCCGUGAGGAAAGAGAUCAGAGUCCGCCCUGGCUACCGCCCACCCGAAGAUGUCGAGCUCUACAAAAAUCGUACCGCCGAAGCAUACAAGAACCGUGGAAAAGCUGGUGUUCCAGGCGCCGACACUGCCGCUGCCACGCCUGAACCUCCUUCGGCCGCUGCCAACAAGAACGCAAAGCGUAGGGAGGCCAGGAAGAAGGCAGCAGCCUCUGCACCAACAAACGGCGAUGCUCCUGCCGCGACUUCAAAUGCCAAACAGUCCACGACUUUCGUAGAUCCCGCCAAAGAGGAGCCCGUAGACCCUGAAGUAGAAAAGACAAAAGAGGCCAAAAAGCUGGCCAAGAAGCUCCGCCAGGCACGCGAUCUCCAGGACAAGAAAGAGAAGGGAGAUUCUUUACUUCCAGAGCAGUUCCAGAAAGUCAUCAAGAUCAACGAGCUCGUUCGACAACUCGAAACCCUGGGCUUCGACUCUAAUGGAGACAAGAAGUCGACCCAAGCCGAGCCUUGA